AUGGCCCUCCUUAACCCGACUUUCAUAUUCGGCAUCUUCGUCUUGCUGUACCUCUCGUCGUUCGUUGUGUUUGCCGUAAUUCGUAUUAUCACCGGCAUCUCGAUCCAGCGCAUUGGCUAUUUCUCGCUCCGGCGGCUAGCCUAUACAGCCCGCGAUGGCGUCCGCUUCGAGAUCAGGGGCCUGGGCCUGAACGUCCACAGGCCGACCUUUGCCCAGCCGACGUGGCUGAGUAUUGUGAUGGACGAGUUUGCGGUUACAAUCAACAUUCAGGAGUUGGAACGGGCCAAAGCAAAGGAGGCGGCACCCGAAGAUGUGGAUUCCGAUUCCGAUGUGGCCGAGCAACUGCCUCGACCGACGACCCCAAAGACGCCAAGGAUACCGAGGCCGGUUCGACGCGAUAUCGAUCCAGACGAGCGGAGCAAGAUGUGGAAGCGGUUGACAAGAGUCAAGGAGCGCAUUAAGAGACUGCAUCGGAAGCUGAAUUGGAUCCGCAUGGUCGAUGUUGUGGCUACCAAUUCGACCGUCAAUAUUACUGGCGUGGGGAACCUACAGAUGGGGAGCCUCACCAUUGCCGUGGACACUCGGCGGAAGAUGGUCGAUCGUGCUCGCUUCUUCCUGCAGGCGGGCUCGCAGAGGCAGCCCCAGAACCGGCAAGCCGAGUGGAUAAUGACCCUUCGGAGCGUGCUGUUCACCGCGGAGGGCGGAGAGGCAACAGAGGUUCUGGAUACCGCAACGUUGAACAUUCACGGUUACCUGUACGAAGCUCUCGACGGUCUCCGCGACACUGCGGUAGCGCUGAAACUCGGUCGUCUCCACAUCCCCUACGACGAUGUUCGGCACGGCUUGGCGCAAUACAAGAAGAUUAGGUCUACGGGUGACGAGGCGUUUGCCCGGGCUGAACCCGUCGAUGUGGUUGUCGAUCGUGUCAUUCAGGAGCUCGAUGUUCCCGGUAGCACCAACCACGAGCUGAUGCAGACGGUCUCCGACUCGAAAGAGCUGGUGAGCUCCGUCUUGAAGGGGAUCAGAGAGGUCCAGUUUGCCGUCAGCUUCAUUGGGCUCACCAAGAAGAUCGACGCUGUCAAGCCUGGAGGGAACCCAAUCAUACUCACUGCGUCCAUGAAGGAAGUGGGCAUCGACCUUCACCGACUGGAUCCCAAGUCUGCUGCUCACAGGAUGUACUUCCCUUCCAAGGACAUCGCCCACGAGGCCUUGGCUGCUGCGCUCUCAAUCUCCGUCGGACUUGAUGAUGGGCACGGCAAACCGGAACGCAUUAUGUACAUCCCCAUGGCCACCACGACUGCCAGGACUACACUUCCCUCCAAGACAGUCGAGCUAGCCGAUGAUGGCACCGCCGAGCAACGGAACGCCAACAUUCUCUUUGCCAACUCUGUCGUGACUUCUCCGUCUGUCGACCUUGAUCCUCGACAUCUCCCUCUUCUUCUGGCGAUGCUUCAACGGAAACCAAAACCCCACAAGACGCCCCAGCAGCAACGCCACAUGCUCAUCUCACGAUUGCUCCCCAAAGCAACCUACAAAUUCUCCAUGCAUGAGCCCGUCUUGAGGAUAGCACUUCCACCGGUACAGAAGUCGGCGGAUCCCGACGAAUUUGACCUAAUCAUAUCAUCCAUAUCAUCCGUCUCUCUAGACAUGGAGUCAUUCCACUCGACCGUGGAAGAGCUCCAUUACUCUCUUGCUGCCACGAUGAGAGUCCAGACACACAACCUGUAUUACCAGACCUCUGCUGGCAGCAGAUUUGACCUCCUCGAAACCGAGACAUUCGACUUGAAGGUGCAGCUGAACGCAUCACCAAACGUCCACGUCGUUGUCACCGGGAAUCUCGAGACAUUCACCCUGAAAAUGGUCAGGGAGGAGAUUCGGGACGGCUUACGCCAGAUCGUUCGCCAGCUGAGGCUCAAUGUUGAGCCAGACAAACGCGCCGUAUCAAAGACCUCGACGCAUUCUAACUUCUUGCGCGCAUUACCCACCUGGCUAUUGCAUUUCCAGCUGCAAUGCUCAGACUGUAGCAUCGAAGUUGCGGGCGUGGACAAGAGCAUCUCGGAAGACUCUAGAGGUGUUGCCAUUCAGCUAGACUCGUGGUCUGUCGAGUACCGCGCCCAGAGACUGAAUGGCCUACAAAGGCGACCCUCUCGACGGAGAGCCAGCAGUCGCGGCAUGAUGUCGCCGGAGAACGAGAUGUUGAGGGCUGUCCCGGCAUCCCCCAGGAAGAAGUACCACCAUGACGGUGACGGCCGCCGCAUUUCCCUGCAUGCCCGCGGCUUCGAGGUUUUUAUGGUCGAGUCGGCAGAGAAGUGGGAGUUUGAGCCAUUCAUAAACAUCCCUAAGUUUGAGGUCGCCCUGUCCACCCUGAGCGAUCACCAGGGCCCCGUCUUCCAUAUCCAUUCCCACAUCAGGACCUUUCUCUUCCACUACUCGCUCUACCGUCACUAUGCCAUGGGGGUGGCCGUGUCGAAUCUCCGGAAAGCAUUCAUGAGGACAAGCAAGCCCACCGCCGAGCCGAGGACACCACCAAUGUCGCCUCAGAGGCGGGUAAUUGGUCAUCUUUCGCCGCCCCCGGCCGGGAUGUCUUCUGAUUUCAGCCUGGAUGCUGAGUCUUGGAAGACCAUGCCUGAGCUUGUCGCUAUUGACUUCAAAGUCACACUCAUCCAGGUCAAGGCCGACUUACCUUCAGAUCCCCCCUUGAUGCUCCACGUUUACGGCUUGGAGGCUGGCCGCCACCGAUGGUCAGCCCCGUUCCUCCAAGCGAAGCUCAUUCGGCUAUUCGCUGAAGCGCCUAGGAUGCGUCGAGUAUGGGCUCGGGUUCUAAGCGUCAAGAAUGUUCGAGCCGACUACCGUGAAUCGCGGCACAAACUCUCGGGCGGGGGCCUACGUGAAGACCGGAUGGUUGACGUCGUUUCGGAGAACGUCCGCUUGGCGGUCCCUCACGAGAUGGUCAUCUACAAGAUUACAGACAACUUUGUCAACACCUUCAAGUCCGUCCUUCAGCUGCACCACAGGUUCAAGACGGGCACAGACGAGUACAUUCUCGAAAAGGGACCCGAAGGUCCCAAAAAGGUGCCAAAGGUCUCCAUCAGAGCAAAAAGCUUCCUAUUCGAGCUCGAAGACGGUGCGUUUGAAUGGAAGCUCGGGGUUAUUUACCGUGCCGGCGUGGUUGAGAUGAUGCAACGCCAGGCGCGCGAGGAGGCGUUCCGUGUCAAAGUCAAGAAGAUCCACGAACAAGAGUCUAAGAAGGGUUUGUCCAAGUUGCGAGCUAGGUCAGCGGCUCCCCAGGACGAGGUCCCCGCGCCUGAUAGCUCCCAUACCCGAACCCGCAGCGCCGAUGGUCGGCGUCGCUCACUCAGUGACGGGCAUAUGCGUGGUCGGGCACCAAGAUAUGACCCAGAAAACGGCUCCCACGCAAUAAGCGGAAAAGCCCGCAUCUCUAUCGCCGAUGCAAGGCACAAGUUGAGCAUGCACAACGCCAAGAGCUGGAAGCAGCGUAUCGACCAGCAGUACGACCUCGCGAGGAAUGUGGCAAAGGACGUGCGCUCUAGCUUCUGGGGAGUCAACGAAAUCCCCGACGACCUGGAGGACAGCGAGAAGAUAUUAGAGGUGCCGCAACGACCGGCGCUCAUGGCGGCUCUCAUCGACGAUCUACACAUCGUCAUAGAUAAGCCAUCAUUCCCAAUGAAAGAGCUCCCGGAAUUCCUGCACAAGGUUGGGAAGGGUAUGCCGAAGGACAUGAGGAUAUCGCUUCUUGAUUAUCCUCUGCCUUUCGUACAUGUGCCAGCAACCAAAUCCGGCCAAUCUGUUCGCCUCCCAGCUCUGGCUAUGUCAACGGAUUUCGUGAUCGCAGAGGAGUAUCGCGGUCCAGGGUCAACUAGGAAGAUCCGAGUCCCCAUCGUGCCGCCACACGGCCUCGACCCAGCGUCCCCCAACGAAGGGGGCUUUUGGGUGGAUGUGCGGAGAACAAUCGGGCCAGUCAAGACUUUCUCAGACAUGAGUGUUGAUAUACACACUGCCAACCCAACCCGGAUCACCUGGGGACCGUCGUACCAACCCGCGAUCCAAGACAUGAUGAUGGCCAUCGAGUCCAUGACGAAACCGCAGCUCGACCCUUCUGACAAGGUCGGGUUCUGGGACAAGAUUCGUCUCAACUUCCAUUCCCGGAUCAGAGUGGCCUGGCGCGGUGAUGGCGACGUGCACCUGGCGCUGAAGGGCAGCAGAGACCCAUAUCAAGUCACGGGCAACGGCGCGGGCUUCCUCAUGUGCUUCCGGAACGAUGUGAGAUGGAGCAUUAAUAGCGUUGACGACCCCAAGCGCUUCAUGACCGUCGACAGCGGUGAGUAUGUCCUGGCCGUCCCGGACUAUAGCCACCAGGUUCGCGAGGCGCGCCGCCAACACGGCGAGGACGAGAGCAUUAGCAGCGGCUCCAGCUUGAAAUCCGGCGCCACCUUCAAGAAGGUCGUCAUGAAACUGUCCGGAAAGGUGCAGUGGCUUGCCGGCCUUGUGUUCGAACGGGCGAUCGAGCAGGGAAACAGGAGUUUCGAGUCCAAGCCACACUACGAGGUCGUUCUCAAGUCCCCGCAUGAAGCCAAAGCACAAAAUGGUCUUCCUUACGACGCCUUCCGUGGGUUUCGCAGCCAACAUAUCCAUCUCUCCGUCGCCAUUCGUGCCCCAGUUGAUCGGGAAUGGUCUGGGUCGGUCGUCGAGCCUUCACGCAGCUACAACACUGUCCAUCUCACACCCCGUUUCUUCACUCACUUCUUUGCUUGGUGGUCCCUGUUCUCGGGGCCGUUAUCCCUCCCGAUCCGACAGGGCUCGUUAUGGCCCGGCAGGGAAAAGAGCAGUAAAAAGUUUGGUAGACAUCUUGCCACCAUCAAAUACAACAUUCUGCUAGCGCCACUGUUUGUGAGCCACAUCUACAAGCACAAGGACGCCGAGGAUUACACGGAGAACGCCGUUUCGGCGACCGGAAUCAAAGUCCGGCUCGACAGCUUCAUGCUCGACUUACACCAGCGGCGAGAGGAAUUCAGCACCAGGGAUCGCGGUCGUGGGACACAAACCAGGACGACUGGCAUGAAGAUUCACGCCGGCCAACUCGAUGUGGUCUCAGCGGACGUUCGUGCUGUCUCGGCUAGCAUUCGGGGCACCACGGCGGAUGCCAUGAUGAGGAACUCUCUCUCAACUUUCAUCACAGACCAAGAGGGGGAUGGCACUGAUCUUUCUCGCUUCACAAUCCCCGACAACGAUUUGACGUGGAUCGACAUGGACGACUUCGUAGAACUGGACUGGAUCUUGCCGACCGAACCCAAUCCCGACACCAAGAUCUUGCCGCUUGCUUUUGCGCCCCGUGUCACCUACUUCCGACAGACGGACAUCAACGGCACGAUUGCCGGAGACCCAGACAGAACGAGUCCCUUCGGCAAGGAGCCUACCCACUUCUGCAACAUGAGCCAGGACGACGACCCUAGAACGGUACAAUGCCAGCUCAUUCGUCGGCGGUUGGAGCAGCUGGACGAGCAGAUCGAAACACAUCAGCGUAACCUAGGAGAGAUUGAACUUCGUCUCAUCCGAGGCGACCCUGAUGACGCGGACCUUGAUGCUGAAUUCCAGAUGUUAAACCGGCAUUCGGGGGUGCUUGCUGGAAAGAGAAUGUUCCUUCAAGGCAUGCUGGCGGAGAUGACGCCCAAUUCUUCUUCGAGCAAUGCGAGCCAAGAGUCUACAAGCCCAAAGGAGUUUCUCGAGGCUACGCAGAGCCUGCAGGGAACCAUGUCAACUCCUGCUGCCGCCGAAUUUGCGAGCGACUUCAAGAACAGAUUCGUGGUCCACAACAUGCAGCUGAAAUGGAACAACACCCUGAGGAACAUCAUCCUUCGCUACAGCCAUCAAGUUGGGCAACGUCGCGGUUUCGUCUACUACCUCUCUCGCCCUGCUGUUAAGUUCAUCUUGGAUCUCGUGGAAGAACAGAGCAAAUCUAAAAUGGGCAAAAGCACACCAACGCCCGUUCCAGGGAGCACGCCUGACACGAAUGGCCCCGAUCGUGACAUCGCAAAAGACCUAGAGGACCGAAUCCGCAGGAUCUUGCAGGAGAACAAAAAGUUCAUGGGCCCAGACAACGCCGAUGGCGCACACCCAACAAUGUCUGAUCUUUCUAGCGGAAUUGCGGAUGAGUUCACAACCCAAAACAGCUACCAUGUCCGCUUGAUCGCGCCCCAGAUCCAGCUGCAGAGCGACAAAAACAAGAAGCACGUGGUUCUCACGGCAUCUAAAGGCAUGGAGCUCAAGGUGGUCGACGUACUCGACAAGAGCAGGCUAUCCGACACUGUCAGCGGCCUUGUGCAACGCCGCUUUCUCGUCAACAUGGAUAGCACACAGUUUUUUGUGACCCAUCAAAAGUGGUUCUCGACGCAGCUCGUAUCCAUGUACUCGGGCAAUACCUAUGGUACACCGGCCGGUUCAUCAUGGCCGCCGUGGGUCCCUAUGGAGGUCAUGUUUGACUUCCAAUCAGACCCCUUUGGAUUCAAGCGCGUUGUUCAGAAAACGUCGGCCAUGCUCCGCUACGACAAGUUCAACACGCUCCGUCUCAAAUACCAUGACGAGGUCAACACUAGCGAGGGCCAGGAUCCGACUGAGCAAGAUAACACCGAGAGCAGGACAGACAAUGUCUGGGUCGAGUUCCCGCAAGCUCACGCUCUUUGCAACUCUUCCCAGUAUUAUGCAAUCUACGUCAUCGUACUGGAUCUCCUCAUGUACAGCGAGCCGCUAGAGAAGACGCGAAACGAGAGGCUCGAGAAGAUCAUGCUGGCUUCAGACUUCAGCGACUUGAGGGGAGUUCCGGAGAUGGUCAUCAAACUUCAGGAGCGCGUCCGGCAACUGGAGGAGAUCAAAACGCACUUCCAGAUUCACUCGAAACAGCUAGACAAGAAGGGGUGGAAGGACCGGUUGGUGCUGGAGCGAGACCUGGCAGCGUGCGAGGACGAGCUGUUCUUCAUGAUGGAAGCCAUCACCUCGUCACAGCAGAAAUUUGACAACAACACCACCAGCAGUGCGUUGCUGAAGUGGAGUAUCAUGGCUAAGGAGAUUGUCUGGCAGCUCGUCCGUGACAACAAUGAACCCCUCGUCGAGCUGCAGCUCAAGGAUGUCGAGUACGAUCGGAUCGACAACUCGGACGGGUCGCAUAUCAAUCUGAUCCAAGUGGGCAAAAUCCUCGGCCUCAACCUGCUCCCAGAGGCCAUCUAUCCAUCCAUGGUCGCACCAUACUUCGAGGGAAGCCGGGCCCUUGCCGAUCCAGACUCUCAGCCCAUGAUCCGGGUGUACUGGAACAUGCUGGAGGCCAUCGCGGGCAUUCCAGUGAUGGACCAUUUUGAAGUCACACUUUUCCCCCUGAAAAUCCAGCUCGAGCAUGAUAUUGGGAAGAAGCUCUUCGAAUACAUAUUCCCAGGCACUGAUGGGGGGAGUACCUCCAGCGGCAAGAAUGAUUCGCCGUUCAUGAUCAAGCAGUCUGCUACCGAUGACGAGGAUGACGAAAUGGAUGCCGAGCCGUUGAUCGACCGCCUUGGGGUACCCGACAAGGACCAAGAUGGAUCGCCAUUCACGACGCGGGCUGGCUCUCUUGAAAUCCGGUUGCGGCCGACUCUCACCUCGGACCCAGACGAAGCGUCUCUCAAGCACAAGGCGCUCAGCAUCCACUCAGGGGAGGGUACUUCGUUUCGGCUCUUCCGGUCGGGAACUGGGCUCAAAACAAUCAACAAAAAGCGGUCAUACGACUCGCUACGUAUUAGCACCCCACGCCCCAGCGUCGGCAGGACAGGGACCGGCUUUUCUACGAAGGACGGCGCUUCGAUCAACGGCGACUCCAGGAAGGGCUCUCGCUUCAUGCUGCGUCACAAGUCUAGCGAUGGCGACAAAGCCAAACAAUCCGACGACCUGUCCAAGAUGAUGGACCGUGCCUCCAACUACAUGACAUUUGCCUACAUCAAGAUGCCCUCGGUCGUUCUCUGCCUCAGCUACAAGGGCAAGGGCGAGCGUAACUUUGAGGACGUGCACGACUUCGUCUUCCGGCUCCCGACCAUCGAGUACCGCAACAAGACGUGGUCCAACCUCGAUCUCGCGCUGGCGCUCAAGAGCCGCGUCAUCAAGGCGCUCAUCAGCCACACGGGCGCCAUCAUCGGCAACAAAUUCUCCCGCCAUCGCCCCAACACGGCGCAGCAGUCCAAGCUGCGCGAGCUCGCCACCACCUCAGUCCUAUUGGCCACGCCGACGACAUCCGAGUCGCGCGACAACAGCGGCGAUGAUUCGUCCUCGUUGUACGGGAACUCGCCUGUCGAUUUCUCCCGUUCUCCGCCCAGGUCGAUUCGCAGGUCGCAGACAUCCAUUCCCAUCCCGACGUCGACUAGCCGCAGCUCGAGUGUCGCGUCGUCGAUGCGUUCGCAUAUCUCGGGGAUGAAUAACAGCAACGGCAACCAAAGCUAUGCCAAGAGCCAGGGUCAGGGCCAAGGUCAAGGCCAAAACCAGGCCUCGGGAACGGUGCCCAGUUUCGUGAUGGCGCCGGCCACGCCGUCUACUACACUAUCGCCCGACACGCAGAGUCUAAGCGGGAAGUCUGGGUUCAGCAGCCUGCUCAGGCCGGCGUCGAGCGGCUGGUCCAGACCGUUUGGCGGCGGUGACAGGGGCAGUGGGCAGCAAGGGAGCGGCAGUAUUAGCAGACCUAGCAGCAGCAGCGGGCUGACUACUGCCUCGGGGUCGGCCUCGUCGCCGAGACGGUCGAAUGCGACGAAUCCCGAGGAGAAAGAGAGCCCGGAGAGGAGACGGACGGGUGGUAUUGGAGGAGGUGGCGGGGGGUUCAGGGAUAGGAUUCAGGCUUUGGCUAAUCGGUUGAAGGAGAGGGAGAACACGGUGGUGCAGGCCCCGAGUGGUGGGGAAGGGGCUGGGGAAGAUGGGGAGGAGGAGAAUGGACUGAGAAAUAGAGGAAAUACGGCUAACAGAUUUCCCGUUGCAGAGCUACCAUUAACCGAUAAGCUGGUCGACCGCCAGCGAGAUGCCCUCUUCAACUACUCGGCAGCCUCCCAAACCGAAGCCAGCGCCGCGCGGCCGUGGGCUAAAGACCCUACAUACUUCAAGACCGUUCGCGUAUCACCGACGGCGCUCGUCAAGAUGGUCAUGCAUGCCCGGUCGGGGGGUGCCCUCGAAAUCAUGGGCAUCAUGCAGGGGUAUGUGGAUGGGACGGCGCUGGUAGUGACAGACGCCUUCCGGCUGCCGGUCGAGGGCACCGAGACACGAGUCAACGCCCAGAGCGACGCCGACGAGUACCUCGUCGAGUACCUCUCGCUGUGCCGCGACGAGUCCCGCCAGGAAAACGUCAUCGGCUGGUACCACUCACACCCGGGCUACGGCUGCUGGCUAUCAGGCAUCGACGUCGCCACCCAGCAGCUACAGCAGCUACAAGGCCCCAUGGUCGCCAUCGUCAUCGACCCGGACCGCACCAUCUCCGCAAAUCAAGUCGAGAUUGGCGCCUUCCGCACCUACCCGGAGGACUACACCCCACCAACCACCACCACCACCACCGCCCCCUCCUCCCUAAGCAGCGGCGGCGGGCAAUCCGUGCCGCUCGUCAAAGCGGACGACUUCGGCGCGCACGCGAGCAAGUACUACCCGCUGGAGGUGGAGCACUACAAGAGCACGCUGGACGGCAAGCUGCUGGAGCUGCUGUGGAACAAGUACUGGGUGCAGACGCUGGCGCAGAACCCGCUGCUGACCAACCGCGACUACGCCAGCAGCCAGAUGGCCGACGUCGCCCAGCGCGUGCGCGAGACCGCCCUCGCCGUGUCCAGGGCCGGUAAGGGCGCCGCUGCCAUGGCUGCGUACGGUGGGGGGCGGGGUGCGGAUUAUGGAGUUGGGGAGGGUGUUGUUGGGCCGAGUGGGAGUGGUAUUGGUAUUGGUGGUGGUGGCGGUGGUGGGAGUAGCAGCAGGGCGGUUGAUAGGGCGGGCGCCGGCGGGAAGGGUGGUGAUGGGGCGGUGGAGAAACUCGUAAGGGAUAUUGGGCAGAUUGCGGCUAAGGAGAGGGCGGGCCUGGCCGCGGCGGAGGUUAAGGCGCAGAUAUUUGGGGGUGGGAAUGUGUGA